UGUAAUAGAUGCGCGCACGCGGGACUCUUUAUCGCGGUCUACGUAUUUUCAAUGAAUCUCGUGGAACCAAAGUGCGCGCCUCCGUCAAAAGUUCCGGAACGUUCAUCCAGCGCAGACAUGAGACCCGACAGUAAACUCAAACUGAAAUCAGAAUGCUUCGCCAUCAACAGGUUGCAGCUGUUGGAGUAUGAAUAUCACACUGCCCUCGACGACCUUAAAAAAGAUCAAAUAUCCUUCAGUAUUCUUUCCGACGUCUGCCUGCCAGUAUCAUUACUGAUCCUCGUAAUAGUGUGGAGUUACCAAUUGAACGCCAUGACCAUAGACACCGAUAGCGGAGACAACCGUAUGAUGUUACUCGUGUGUGGCGUUGGGCUUAUUGUGGUCUCAGGCACAGCAUGCGUUUACAUCGCCAUACGAAUGUCAGUCAUGCGACCAGAAGUCGAGGUGACCACUUUUCUCCAAGGAGAGCUAAAACCUUUAUAUUCUGAAAAAAACAGAUCUCAAUGUUUUUACUAUCAAACUAUACCUGGAAUACACAGGACUGGUAAAAAACAAACCGAAAUUUUUAUUGUGUAAGAUAUAUCUUUUUUUGUGUGUGUUUGUUCUUAGUCAUUUUUGUUUAUUAAAUUUUAUUAGAAAGAAUUACUUAUUAUUUAUAAAAAGUUAUUGUAAGUUCAAUUGUGUUGUCCGUCUAAUACUGUUAUAUUAGUAUGUUAUUUAAUUUUACUCCGAAAGUUCGUAAUACUUGUAAACUGAUCAGUAUUAAUGCUGAACGUAUGUGUAUUUAUGUGACUUUCAGUUAGUUUAUAGAUUUUUUAUUUAUAUAGAAAUAAUAUUGUA